AUGCAAACAACUUAACAUAACAAUAGCACUACAUCAAACAGAUCCAAUAACUAUAUCUAUCACAGUUUGGGAAAUAUCGACCCAGAUUCCCAAGAUUAGUACAACUUCUUCGGAGUGAUCAUAGACGCUGCCUAUCCUUAUAAGACAUCGAAUGGCAAGUAUAUUUGCACAAUUAAAGUCGUUGAUCAAACUAUUCAUCACAAAGGCGAGUCUUCUUCUCCUCUUUUUGCAAACGUUGUAAUCUAUGCUAAGAGAUUCGAAGAUCUACCUAUUAUCAGAAGAGUAGGAGAUAUUAUGCGUGUUCAUCGUGCUAAUGUCAAGUUUUUCAAUGAUAUGAGACAGUUUUACGUGAAUCUUCAGUAUAAUUCCAGCUGGUGUUUGUUUCAUUAAAAUUAAGACAAGGAUGAUGAUGAUUUUGACGACAAUGAUUCAGACGAGAAUCAAAAUGGAGAGGAUCAAGAGAUGCUUGAUCAAGACUAGCUGAAAGAAAAGUAGCUAGAAAGACAAGAGAAAAGAAGAUAUAAGCCAUAUAAGUUCUCAGGCAGAAGUUAUACUUUUGACAUAAAUCAUGAAAAGAUUAUUAUGGAUAACAUUAGAACUUGGGGUUAAAAUUAUUUUGCUAAUAACUAUGUUAUCACAAAGGAUAUGUACAUGCUUUUAAAAGACUGCAAAACAAAGAUGAGCAAUGAUGAGAGCUAAGAAUUCGACUUGUUGUGCAAAAUUUUGAAAAUAUUCGAAAAAGAUGAGAACAAUCUUGAGAUAAGAAUCAAGGAUCUGUCACAAGAAAUGUGGUUUAUGAGUGUGCCAAGAUUCAAGUUUUAAAGUCUCAAGCAAGGAGAGGUAAUUAGAAUCAGAUGUGUUGAAGUCAAUCUUACAUCUAAGAGAAAUGUGAUUCAGACCAAGAAUAAUACAAAUAUUUUGAGAUUCCACCCAUCUUCAAGAAUUGCCACUGAGCUCUCUAAAGUCAUUGAAGAUGAGACAGAUAUGGAUAAAGUCUUAGGAGAUGAGGCAAGUGACAUUGUUAUGAAUGCUGUAGUACUUACUGAAAUAACUGAUUCAUCAUUGGCAAGAGGAUAGAUGUUCAAGCUCACAGAUCUAUUCCUGAACUUUGACUAAAUUCCCGAAAACUUAAGAGAACGAAAUGCAUUCAGAGUUAGAUUUUACUGCUUAAGAAUCGAUCCAAUUGAUCACAGAGAAGUAGUUUAAGCCUACUGUCCUGAGUGCAGUGAGACUUAUUCUUGUGAAACCUUAGAGAAAGAAGGCAAAGGUAAAUGCAAGUCUUGCAAGGUAGAAUGCAAACUAAUAUAUAAAAUGCAAAUGCUAGUGAAGGACUCAUCCUCUUAAAUGAACAAGAAUUUUUAUAGAAUUUUACUGUACUCCUUCGAUGAAGAUAGAGGUAAUGACUUCUUUUCAAAUGUUAGGCCUUGCAAUCUAUAUAAAAAUGCUGAUGCCCUUGAGACUAUUGAAAAAUAAAUAAAAGCAAUGACCAAAUUUAAUGUAUGGAUUGAUGCAAUUAUAGAGAGACAAGGUGCUUUCUUCCUAAUAAGAGAUACAAAGAUUACACAAGUCAUUAAUUGA